AUGCAAUCUGAAAACUCCGUGCACGCUUGUCAUGUUAAGAAGAAGAGAGUUGGCAAGGCUUGUGAUUCGUGCCGUAUCAAGAAAACUAAAUGUGAUGGUAAAAAGCCUUGCAAUCGGUGCUUACUUGACAACAAAAUUUGUGUGUUCACAGAAAAGCGGAAAGUAAAGGAAAAGAUUCAUCCACCAGGGUACAUUGAGUUAUUAGAGACAAGAUUGGAUAUCUUAUCAAAGCUGUUUGAGAAAUUGAUCGAAUUGUCGAGACCCCAUUUGCCAUUUAUUGAUGAAAUUGUGCAGGAGGAAUCAGCUUCCAAGAAGGGCCACAAUGACAAUGUAUCUUCUUCACCAGAAUCAAGUGAAGGAGACAACAAGGUUGACAGUAUCCCCAUCAACAAAAUUGUAUCUUAUUUGAUUGAACAACGUGGUUUGUUACAGAAUGUUCCAGUUGAUUGGGAAGAGGGUGCUUUGAUAGCUGCUAAUUUUAGAAACGACAAUUUACAAUCAUCAUCACAAGCAUUUGCUGAACACAAGUCAGAAAAGAUUACCGGGGGAGGAUCAGACUCAUUUGACUUGCAUUCACCUCCAGUCAUGAGGCCAGUGAAUAGAGCAUGCUCUACAUCAUCUUCAAGGUCACAGGUUCGCAAAAUGAUUAAGGAAGAGCCAAUUUCUCCAGCUUCAUCACACAGUUUUUCGGGUAACUUCAACCUCAACAGUGACGAGCAAUGGGUUGCAAAUGAUCAAGCGUUGUCAGAAUUAGGCAGUGAUUCACUUGAAAGGAACAGUGGAAUGUCUCCACCUUCCAUGAAUGACAACCAACAGCACAAACAGCAACAGCGAAACGGAGACUAUAAUGGACACAACCAAACUCCACUCACUGCUUCACUUUUUUCCAACAACUACACCAAUCUUCGUCACCAGCCAAUAAGCAAGAACCCAUCCUUGACCUCGUUGAGCAACAAGUAUGAAGCACACACUUUGUCAUCAGCACCGAACUCGUCAUCUGAAACUACACCACCAUCAUCCAUUUUCACAACCAAUAGUCCCAUCACAUUGUCGACUGUACGCAGAUCAUCAUCAACACUCUCACAGCCCCAGAACAACAAAUUGAAAAGCUGUAUUGCCCAUCACCAUCACGUACAUAAACCAGUUCAUCAUAGCCGUCACAGCUCUUUGGAAGUAAAGAAGAGAUCAAACAGUUUUGAAUUGUCUCCAACCGGUUCGAUACAAGAUGGAUCGUCCCAUCCUUCGUCGGCAGUUGCGUCAAUAGCUGAUGAGUUCAUUGCCAAUGACAGGUAUUACGAUGCAAUGGGUGACGUAAUAGCACUUCAACCCUCAUUUGAAUCAUCACCCACCAAUCAGCUGAUGGAUAGGGCAAUGGAUGACGGUUUCUACAACGAAGUUGCUCGUGGACCACUAAACUUUCAAGGUCCUGGUGCAUUUGAAGUUUUAAUUGGCGCUUACGAGGAUUCACUUAUGAACAACAGAUCCUUCUUGGAAAAGUAUUAG